GAGCAGAAAGAGGAAGAGGCGGGUGUCCACACUGCCACACAGCAACAUUCCAAGCCUCUAUCACUGGAGUACAACCAGUUGAGAUGAUCCACAGCCUGUUCCUGAUCAACCCUACGGGUGACAUCUUCCUGGAGAAGCACUGGAAGAGUGUCAUCAGUCGCUCGGUGUGUGACUACUUCUUCGAGGCCAAGGAGAAGGCAGUGGAGCCCGAGAAUGUGCCCCCUGUCCUGCGCACCCCCCACCACUACCUCAUUAGCAUCUACAGAGACAAGCUCUUCUUCCUGUCCGUCAUCCAGACGGAGGUGCCCCCGCUGUUCGUCAUCGAGUUCCUGCACCGGGUGGCUGAGAUGAUCCAGGACUACUUUGGUGAGUGUUCGGAGACAGUCAUCAAGGACAAUGUGGUCAUCGUGUAUGAGCUGCUGGAGGAAAUGCUCGACAACGGGUUUCCCCUGGCAACCGAGUCCAACGUCCUCAAAGAGAUGAUCAGACCACCCACCAUCCUGCGAUCGGUCGUCAACACACUCACAGGUAGUAGUAAUGUUGGUGAAGGUUUGCCCACGGGUCAACUGUCAACUAUCCCUUGGAGGCGGGCAGGAGUGAAGUACACCAAUAACGAGGCCUACUUUGAUGUUGUGGAGGAGAUAGACGCCAUCCUGGACAAAUCAGGUACAACAGUGUUUGCGGAGAUCCAGGGAGUGGUUGAAGCCUGUGUGAAACUUUCUGGGAUGCCUGACCUGACACUCUCUUUCAUGAAUCCCCGUCUCCUAGACGAUGUGAGCUUCCACCCUUGCGUGCGCUUCAAACGCUGGGAGUCGGAGAGUGUCCUCUCCUUCAUCCCCCCUGAUGGAAACUUCACACUCAUGACCUACCAUGUCAGUGCUCAGAACCAAGUAGCCAUCCCUGUGUAUGUGAAGCAGAACAUCAACUUCUUUGAGAGUGCUUCCUGUGGGCGUCUCGACAUCACCGUGGGCCCCAAGCAGACCAUGGGGAAGACUGUGGAGGGGGUGAUGGUCACCCUCCACAUGCCCAAAGUUGUCCUCAGCGCCAGCCUCGUUGCCACGCAGGGGGGUUACACCUACGACCUCGCUACCAAGGUGCUGGUGUGGGACAUAGGGAAGCUAAACCCUCAGAAGCUACCUAACCUGAAGGGCAGUCUGAGUCUACAGGCUGGAUCCCCGAAGCCGGAGGAGAACCCCUCUCUUAACAUCGACCUCAAGAUCCAGCAGCUGGCCAUCUCAGGGUUGAAGGUGAAUCGCCUGGACAUGUAUGCCGAGAAAUACAAGCCGUUUAAAGGGGUCAAAUACGUGACGAAGGCAGGAAAGUUCCAAGUGCGGACAUGAAGAGGGAUUCCAGAUAGGUUAAAAGUCAACUAUCCAACAUGCCAAACAAGUGUCAAGGAUGCCACCCCCUACAAGUGUCAAUUCUCAAACUUUUAUAUUACCCUGCUCCAUAGGAUUCUGGGUUAUUUAUUGUGUAUAGCAUUCAAGUACAUGUUACUGGUUUGAACUGGAAUUAUGUAAAGGAAAUUAGCCUUAAGAAUCUCUCCUCUGUGGUCAUGAAGUACAAUCAGAAUAGCUCCGGUUUUAAGUGUUUUAUGGAUCGUUGUAUCUUCCUUUGGUGGAGGGACAGCUGUAAAUGUAAUUGCUUUGAAUAUUGUUGUUUGUCAAAAACCUAUUGAAUGCUGCCUUAUGGGAAUAUUAGGAGGCAUGAGCCCUAUGUGCACACACACACACAAAGCAUCCUCACCUGUUUUCUGAGUGUUCAACUGUUGUUUCCCAGUGCGCCUUUUUCUUACACAACCGGAUUCCAAAGCUGUUUUGUAUAGAAGUUUAUUUUUUGAGAACGGUGUCCUAACCAACCACAGCUAAUAUGUGAACCUAUAUAAGCUUUGCAGUGUGUCACACACGUUUGAACUCAGCACACGUAUUCACACCAGUGGCCUUUGCAGAUAAUAUGCUUGUCUUGUGUUGUACAGUAUGUGCCAAAGACUUUUUCACCCCAACUUGAAGGAAUAAUGGGAAAAAAUCUCAAUGGAUGGAUUUGGACAGCGAUGGGUUUCAAUGGUGUUCCAAACCAUCUAUGUGUUUUGAUCUUGGAAAGUGCCUAAAAUGACGGAUUGUUAACUGGUUUGUCGUUGGAAUACGAGUUUUAAUUACUGCUUGUGUAGGACAAUGGGGGAAGGCCGUCUCAGGAAAACGCACACGUAUGACCCGUUUACCUGCAUCACAAAAUUUGUUCACACACUUCGAAUAUCUACACAGGACUUUCACAAAUACAAUCUGUGUUUCAAGGGUCACACUGGGAAGAGUAACUAAUCUGGAGCACCUGUAUGUGUCAAAAUCUGUACUCCAGCUUUGAGGCCUUUACAUUAUAGUGUUUGAAAUGUGAAUAUAUCCCUGUGCAUCUGA